CUAAAGCGUCUUUUCCAUUGAUCAGAAAACCUCCUCCAGACCGUUUUCCACCCAAGUUCCAGCUGUCUACGCCUUGACGAAUAUUUGUAUUUACGUAGAGCUCUAAAACACAAAGAUCAGUUUGAAUAAUUUGAUUUUGAUCACACAAAGCCGGAGGGUAACUCGACUCAAUUCAUGUUUGAACAAACCACUUCUGAAUCUCCGUGUCAGGAAAAAAAACAACUGAAACAAUUCUUUAUCUCAAAGGAAUGAUGGUAUUUUCGUAAUACGCUUCAGCUGAAGCUGACGAAUGAAGUUAAGGAAAAAAUAUUUAUCCAAGAAUUUAAAUGAGAUGGACUGUAAAUAAUGGACGAAGAUGUCUCCCUCAAGGAAGAGAAAGCUUAUAUUCCUGGUUGACGUAUUGCUGGGAUUUACUUUAUCAAAAGGUAUUGCGGCAAGUGAUGCAAAACUCAGUGCCGAAAAGAGACUUCACAAACGGCUUUUUAAUGAGAGCUAUUACAGCGUCGACCUUUUGCCGCGGCAUAACCUCUCUACUACCAUUAACGUCCAGUUUGCACUCGAGCUCAUCAAAAUUGUUGAAGUGAACGCUAAAGAGCAAUCAAUGACAGUGUAUGGUUGGGUUAGACAGAAAUGGGAGAACCCUUCCUUGCGGUGGAACAAGUCUGAAUUUGACGGAAUAGACAGAAUUUUUGUGGAGCCAAAGAGGGUCUGGGUCCCGGAUAUUCUUCUUUAUAACAACAAAGACGAGCAAGAUCACUUUGGCGGUGGAAGGACUAGCUAUCGGAGCGGUAUCACUCUCUUCUUCAAUGGCACCAACGUGUGGUUCAACCCAAUGAUAUUCAACGUCCUUUGCAGAGUAAAAGUAACGUAUUUUCCAUUUGAUAAUCAAACAUGUAAACUCAAGUUCGGUUCCUGGAUGCACGACGCCACUACCUUUGACAUAACCCCCAUAAAAAAUUUGACAUUUCCAACCAAGCAUUACCAAGAAAAUGGAGAAUGGGAAAUUUAUAAGGUAAAGAUGAAGCGAAACAUAGAGCACUACCAAUGUUGUGAAGAGCCCUUCGUUGACAUUACGGUGACGAUCGAAAUGGGAAGGGAGAGUAUGGACUAUUUCAUUAAUUACAUUGUUCCCUGCUGUCUAAUUUCCUCCAUGAUUUUUCUUGGUUUUAUUUUGCCACCUGAAUCGGGAGAACGGAUCGGUUUAAGCAUUACCGUGUUGUUGGCAAUGACUGUGUUCCAGCAACUUACCUCAGAGAUCAUGCCAUCUUAUGACUUUCCUAUCCUGGGUCAAUAUUACUUUGCUAUUAUCUUGGAGAUCGGUGCCUCGGUUGUGGUGACCACGACGAUUUUGAACUUUUAUCACCGGACGAAUCGUAGGAUGCCAAGAUGGAUGAGAACACUUGUCAUAGAGUGGAUGGCAACCAUAGUGUUCCUGAGAGAUACUCCGGAAAAAAGAAAAAUCCAGCGACGAAAAUCCAGCAGAAGAAGCCGAAGACGAAAACAGCAAAGCAUUAUUAACGACGUUUGCAAAAGAUCCUUCAAAAAGAAACAAGAGGAAAUGAAAGACCAGCACAACCAGGGAUUUAACGUAACAUUUGGUGACACCAUUUACUGUGGUCCUUCCAAUACUGAGUCCUUAGGUGCAGAAAUGGAAAAUCUUGGAAUCCAGCUCAAUUAUGGUGUAAACAAAUAUCCUUUCAAGAGCUCUAAUGAAACGCUGGACGAUCAGCUCAAGAAAAAAGAGGAAGCACGUCCUUACAUGGAUGACAAUGAAGCCUUAAGCGAAGACGAGUUGGCCAUACGUCACUGGGAGUGGACUCUUGUCGCAAGGAUUCUGGAUCGGUUCUUCCUUGUGAUAGCAGUAAUUUGUGGUAUAGUAACAGUUGCUGCGAUAUUUUUGCGUGCACCGAAGUUAUGGUCUGAUUUUAAGAUGCUAUCAAUCGAUAACCCUGAACCGUUGGUCGACGAAUAGAACUCAUUCAACGGCUUCGUAAAUGACAUGCGCUUUAGCCAGUACGAUUAAAAUAAACGUUAGAUCUGUUUUGACUUAGGCAUAGAGUAAAAGUGGUCUCGCGGCCAGGUGGAUGUGUUACCUGCCCAAAUUAAGGCAAAGAAUCCUAGUAUCAUGACUGCUAGCCCCAAUAAUAUGGGCAAUACGUUCAAAUCUUAUGGAAAUAGAAUAGCUGUAUACUGAUCACCCUGAAAGACUGUUCUCACGGACUGUUG